AUGAGCGCUCCUCCACCGCCUCCGCCUCAUGGCGAGGCACCCAAAACCACUGCUGGCUCUCCACCUCCUGGCAGUGGCCUGGGCCCAGGCAAUUAUGACAUAUUCGUCAUUCCUCAGCGCGACAAGGGCGGUGGAUUCAUCUAUUUGCCCUCUCUGGCCCCCAAUGGCCCUAGCUUCGCCGCCGGCUUCGCAUGCGCCCUUGUCAUGGUCGUCAUGUUCCAGAGCAUGGCGCCUGCUUUCAAGGCAUGGUGGUUUACCUACCAGGGCAUGGGAAACAUGGGUAUGGCCCUGCUUGUCAUAGCCGUCGGCGUGGGAGCGUGGGCUUGGGGCAAGUCGCAAAACCAGGGCGCAUCUACAAAUAACGGCUCGAGUGGCUACCGCCCCGGCCCUGGUGGUUAUGGCUCAGGCGCAAACUUCAACAACAGCUACGCGAAUGCUGGCCCGCCGCCGCCUCCACCGCCUCACGGCAAUCAAUACAAUAGCCCUCCCCCGAACAGCCCGCCGCCGAACCACGGCGCGGGAAACGGCGGUCCUAGGUCUCAAUGGCAAGAACGACCUCAGCCUCCACCCCCUCAGGAACCUGAAGCUGAACCUGAGCCAGAGCCGGAACCUCGCAAACCAGAUCCUCCUCCCCCACCAAAACCUAAACCUGAUCCACCGAAAGCAAAUACCUGGGAGAAGGCACGGGAGGAGACGAAGAAGCGCGAACAGGAGCGCAAGGCAAAGGAGGAGGAAGAGCGCCGAAAAGCAGAGACGGCACGGAAGCUGAGAGAGUUUCGAGAAAGAGAAGCUCGAGAACGAGCAAGGAGGGAGCAGGAGGACCGCGAAAGGCGAGAAAAACUGGAGCAAGAAAUACGCGAAAAGGAAGACUUGAAGCAGAAACUUGAAAAGGAACAGCGGGAGGAAGCAGAAAAGGCAAAGAAGGAUCGAGAAGAGGCAGAAAAGGCCAAGAAGCUGGCCGAGGAGGAAGCAGCUCGCAAGGCCAAAGAGGAAGCUGCGCGCAAGGCCAAGGAGGCCGAAGAAGCCGAAAAGGCACGCAAGGGAAGUAGCUACGCCUACUCGUCCGGCGAGAAGACGAGUAUGUGGCCCAACGGCCGACCCCCUGCUCCCCCCUCCACGACGGCUUCCACGCCGCCGAGACCUCCCCCACAACCGCCGCGACCGUCGGCACGCACUGUGGACGAAGACCAAUACUCGUAUCGACCCUACGAUAAGCCAAGACACCGACCCGCGUCUUCCGUCGGCUCCGAGUCAUCGUGGGCCCCGUCGGCCACCACGACGAGAACAACGCCGCCGCCUAGCAUGCGCGGCCCUUAUACGACCAAGGAUCCCGACAAAAUUGUCAUCAGGGCUGUCUAUCUGUUCAUGAACCAGUUCGCAAAGACACCUGCGAGCCAGCUCGUUUCGGGGUUUGGUACAGUGACAGAUGGGCUCAUCCUGCGAAUCACGACCGAAGGUCUCUUCAUCGACGACGACGUCCGCGGCGUCCCGCAGCGCGAGUGGGACGUCAAGGCUUGGACGCUAAAGCUGGUCGAGGUAUGGUGCCCCCCGCACUGCUUGAAUUCGAAUGCUGCUUCUGCCCCUGCGAUGAAUUCCGCGAACCAUCCUUCGGGUUUGUUUCAAAAAAUGGCGAAUCAGCGAGCCCGUACGGCGGACCGAGGAGCCACCAAGACGCUCACGGGCGACGAAGCCGAUGCCUACCUGACCGAAAUGUUGCGUGCUUGCAAGAGUUGUUGUCGUCUUGGCUUGUGCGACACCAAAUUCAAAGAUACUAACAUUGCAUCUUCGUCCGGACAGACUGGAGAGUGGAAGACAAAGAGCCUGCACGUGCUGCGCGCAACAGUCCGAGACCAAGAGGGCAAGCGAUACAUGUUUGUCCUGGAUGAAGAAGAGGCCUGGAAGGUCGCCGUGGGUGUGCAGCGGUUGCGUAAGGGCACCCAGGUACGCUCGCUGGGUGUCAGCGGCAUGAGCGCGUCCGAUGCGCGCAACACGCUCGAAACUCUGGGCUGGUCAUGA